AUGGUAACCACUCAUGCUCAUCUGGCGGGACUAAGAGACAUGAUAAAUUCUUGGUUCGAUAUUUUGUUGUACACCCGAGUCUAUAGAAAUAAGUACGAGGGACACAACUUAUACGAAGAGUUGACUACUAUCAUAACCCUGUAUACAGACUUCUCAAAAACACACUCAACUUAUCAUCACGAUGCAUUGAGAGCCAGGCCCUCGCUGGUCAUAUCUGCAAUCUUGAGGGAUCUUCAGAGAGAUGAUCGCUUUUGCCAAAGUCUGUUAAAAGACUUCAAGCCUAUAUCCGAGAGCAAACUGUUCACACACCUUACCAAGAGAGUGCACACUCAACAAGAAGCUCACUUACGCCUGGAAAUGAGCGGAUUAGGGAAAUGUUUUGGUCAUCCUAUUAUUAACAUGACGGAAAGUGUUAAAACUUGGAUAUCCAAACGAUCUGUGAGCAAACCAAACGUAGAGAAAAUGGGCAUACAAAUAGCCAACACGUUCAAGUUAACAUUCUGUCGACUGUAUUAUAAAGAAAAGAGGGUAUGGCCAGCUGCAAAAGCAGAAUUAGUGUUAUCGCAAAGGAUAGCAGAAAAUCUAACAAACAAUACCUGGAAGGAAUGCUCGGAAUCCUUGGAGAGCAGAGGAAUUUGGUCCUCUAAUAUUAGGACAAACCUUCAUGUUUAA